AUGAGUUUCACCUUGUCCCGUAAAACCGGUGGCUUAAUAAAUGCUUUAAGGACAACUACAAAAUUAAUAUCAUAUAAAAGCAUUUUACAGACUCGUUAUCUUACUAAAACUCAGAUUAUCAAGAAUAGAAGUCAUAGAAGUCAUGCUCACCAUUUUGCUACAAAUCAGCUUACCGGGGAGAAAGAAACUAAUUCUGAUACCGCAGUAUCUUCCUUUAAAGACUCGAUCUCAAAUUUUGUAUCCCAUGAGGAGGAAGUAUUGAGAAUGAAAUUUUAUGAGAAAGAUUCAAUGCGUGAUAUAUUAGAAGCAGACGUUGAUCAUAAUAUUAUUCCAGAACUUCAAGAUUAUGUUCUCACUGAAAUUAAGGAUAUUGAUUGUGUAAGACGCUUCAAUAUUCGUAAUUAUCCGAAUUUAAAUAAAAAUCAAAAGAAAUUUCUUGAAUUAGAAAUUAAUGAAAAUGAAUUUGAAGUAUAUGCCGAUAGAGAAGGCAAAAGAGGUGCUGAAAUAGUGUGGGUGUUGUGUGAAGAUAAACAUAAAGGAGCCAUAAAAUAUAAGAAAUGGGAAGCUCAUUUAGUGGCAUGUAUGAUUGCAGCGGCUCAAUGGAAUUAUUCUAUGUUGGAUGAGGUAUAUCCAGAAAAAAUUGUGGGUAUUAGAGUAAUUGGGGAUAAAUUUUGUUUUUAUUCGGCUAAUACCGAUCAAUCUUAUCUCGAAGAUUUAUUAUGUGGUCUUCCUCGAAACGAUUUACAUGUUCACAAAUAUCCUAAAGGAUAUGGAUUCUGUAUUUCAAACGCUAAUGAAAGGCUAGAGGUGCUUGCAUGUUUAUCUGAUCUUAAAAGUUAUGCAUUGAGUCUUUCGCCAAAGUUGGAUGUAUAUGAAAAAGAGAAUUUAAUAAAGAGAAUUUAA